AUGGUGCUGGACGAAAUGGCUGCGGCGCUUCCCAAGGCUGCGCAGCAGCUGGUCCACGCGGAAGCAGCAGAAACAGCAGCAGCAGCAGCAGCAGGGAGAACGGGCAAGGAAGGCUCUAGGGGCUGCGGGAUCAGCAGCAGCCGCAGUGCCCCGCGAAGGCCCAACUGCCUCGCGGCCCAGGGACUCUACCAAGAAGCAGACAAGCGCUUUCGGACAGACCCCGUGAGCCGGGGGCGCUACUUCAGAGACAAGUGGAAAAGCGACAAGUUUCUGGAGCAGCAGCGGCACCCAGCGUUUGACGUAAAGGCGUACGAUGCGUGGUUGAAAAACAGGGGCCACCUGAUUAGGGGGCGGGCGCUGGAGCUGCAGCAGGAGGAGCAAAGGCUCAUCUCCCAGCUGCAGCUGCAGCAGCAGCAGCAGCAGCAGCGGGGCGGCCGCCCGCGGCGAUUUGGACUGUGA